AUGACAGAGGAAAAGUGGGAAAGAAUGGAAAAGUCAUUGAAGAAUUCACUAUUUCACGCCGUUUACUUCUAUUGUUGGCAUGCCGAAGUCGUCAGUAUCCUCCGGAAGUUCAAGUUGCACCGACUCGUCGAUUCGUCAAUCCCACGACCUACCAAAGACCACCUCAGCUUCGUAUCAUGGCAGGUCUGUUCUAUGAGAAUUUCGAAAUGGCUGGGUUCAAGCGAAAACGAGCAGCCACUCGGUACUACAAUCAAAAUAUGCCUCAAAGACAAAGAUGUUACCUUCGCGGAUGACUGGAUGAGGGAGGUAAAGGCGCUUAUCGGAGACCCCUACGGAUACACAUCCAGAAGAAGAGCUUGCCUUGCGCUUUGGGAUUGCCGGAAGAGUGAUUUCGAAGACAUCGAAGAGUUCCUCUGGCAUAUGAGGAGAAGAUAUUCCGUUGCAAGGAAGCUCAAAACCGGCAUCACACCGUACCAAGUCGCUAUGAUGAUUUUGGAAGAGUUGCGCUGGAUUGAAGGGUAUGAAAUACUGAUCCCUUUCAAAGAACGCAAGUUGGAAAUUCGAGGGGAUGCUGUGGUCGACAUGACGGAAGACGAUCUGGAUGAGCUGUGCGAUGAAAUCAUGGACUUUGCCGGCCACACUGGGGAAACCAAGAGCAGAUUCGAUGCCGCAUGCCCUAGGCGUGGAAGAUGA